UUGCUCACAGGGCAUGCUGCACUGGAAGAGCGACAAGUGGUUCGGCAUCCAGCGUCUCCAGGGAGUGAAUCCGGUGCUGAUCAAACUCUGCACCAAAAUACCCGACAAUCUAAACGUGGACGACACCAUGCUGCGGCCGUUCCUUGAGACACUCACCAUCGAGGAGGCCAUUCAGAGCCAGAAGCUUUUCCUGGUCGACCUCGGUAUUGUAGAAGGCGUACCGCCGGCCCCAGGAACUCAGCUGUGCGCGCCGAUGGGGCUCUUUUACCUGAACAAGAACAGCGAGCUGCUGCCGGUGGCUAUCCAGCUGUUCCAGCAUAAAGGCGGCGACAACCUGGUGUUCCUGCCGAGCGACCCGCCGAACUUGUGGCUGCUGGCCAAGAUGUUCUUCAAUAACGCCGAGGUGCAGCACCACGAGUCGCUGACGCACCUGGGCUUCACGCACUUGAUGAUGGAGGGCGUGGUCAUCUGCUCGCACCGCCACCUCUCCGUGUCGCACCCACUCUUCAGGCUGAUGGCGCCACACUUUUUGUUCCUCAUUUCCAUCAACGUGGUGGCGCUGCAGGACCUGAUCGCUCCUGGAAAGUGGGUAGAUCGCGUGAUGACGGUGCGCGCUUCUGGCCUGCAGGAGAUCGUCAAACGAGGUCUGCAGGACUGGAGGCUGGACAGGGACGGCGUCAUACCGCGUCAGGUAGCGGCCAGAGGCGUGGCCGACCCCUCGGUGCUGCCCUACUAUCCGUAUCGGGACGACGCCUGCGCUCUCUACUCUAUCAUCGAGCGCUACGUGCGGGCUGUGCUGGAGGCUGCCUACAGCCAGCCCGGAAGCCUGCAGGCUGACCACGAGCUGCAGCAGUGGCGCAAAGAGCUGACGAUGGCGCGCCAGCACGGCGGCGUGGGCAUGUGUGGAGUCGCCGGCGACAGCGAGCAAGGGUUCACCAGCGUCGACCAGGUGGUGGAAGUGGUCACCGCGCUGGUCUCCAUAUGCAGCCAGGGCCACGCCGCUGCCAACUUUGGCCAGUUCGAUGAGUACGGCUUCGUGCCCAACUACCCGCCUGUGCUGUACGGUCCCGUUCCGAGCAGCAAGGACGCCGUGCCCAGCGACAGAGACCUCCUCAACUAUCUGCCAGGCCGCUUCGCCACGCGCGAGAUCAUGGUCAUCACGAAGCUGCUUAGCUUCCGCGGCACCCGCGCGCUGGGCGACUUCGAGGUGCGCUACAUCUACGACCCGGUGGGCUCGGCCGCCGCCGACCGGCUGCGCGGCGAACUCCGCGAGCUGGCGCGCCAAAUCGACCGGCGCAACGCCACCGCCCAGUUCCCGUACAAGUGGCAGAGCCCCUCAGUGGUGCCUAACGCCAUCAGCGUGUAAAAGUGGCCGCCAGACGGCCCCCACCCCUGGGCCGUCGAGAGGCGCGGGCCGCCGCCACACACCGCUGUGAAUUGUGUCGUUCCGUCGCGAUUGCCACUGUUGGAUUAACCGGCUCGAGCGCGGGCGCGCGACAGACUCGUGCGCGCAGCACUGGGGCAAAGUGACUGCGUGACUGCGUCUUGUUUACCACAGAGCGAAAUAAAGUUGCUAGCAUAAAAAAA